AUGAAUUUUAUCAAAUGUUGUACUUCAGCUCGUUCCUCAUCCGAUCAACAAAAUCUAACAAACAACAACAACAACAACAAAAGUUCAUUAAAAAAGAAAACUCGUCAUUCUUCUUCUGCCAAAUAUGGCGCCAAUUCCGAUCCGUUACCAUCGUCGGUCACAGCCGAUGCAGUACAAAGUUAUCUUGCCGAACAUCCAGAAUUUCUUGAUACAUAUAUUCAACAAAAUGUCAAUUCGAAUACAAUCGAGCAUUGGAUGUCGAAAAUACCUCAGACAUCAGCACUAGUUAAAACUCCAUGGUCGAGAAAUAUAAGUGAAGGAGAUCUAGUAUAUAAAGUUCAACGAUCACGUCCAUCACAACCAACAAUGCCAUCGAUUUCACCACAAAAAAACCAUCUCUCAUCAUCAUCAGAAGCAGAAUUGUCAUUAGCAACAAAUACUGUUGUUACAACAGAACCAUCAUCAUCAUCAUUAAAAUCAUCAACUCAACAAAUAUCAUCAACAACAGCAAAAUCAAUGACGAAAAUAGUCGAAUUAAGUAAUCAACGUCGUUUAUUACAUGAAUUAACUGAUGAAGUUAAUCAAAAUGUAACUAAAGCUCAAGUUUUAUAUGAAUUAUGCAAAUCAAUAGCAUCAACAAUAUCGGCUGAUGGUUUUAAUUUGUAUUUGGUUGAUGAAAAUGGAAAUAAUUUACGAUUAUUUACUUCAGAAAAUGACGAUGAACAAACAAUUUCUAUUGUUCCAAUUCCAAUUGAAAUCGGUCGUUGUCUUGCUGGAUAUGUUGCAGCUACAAAAGAAACUAUUCGUAUCAAUGAUAAAGCUAUGCUCAAAAUAGAAAAAUAUCCUGAUGGUCUUUUUAUUAAAGAUGAUAAAGUAACUAGUGUUAUGGCUCAUCCAAUUAUUAAUGCGAAUGGAACACUUCUUAGUGUAGUUGAAUUUUAUCGAAAUCAAUCAGCAAUUCCAUUUUCUGAUGAAGAUGAAGAAGAAAUUGUAAAAUGUGUGAAUGAGCUUUCCACCCAAACGUACUACGAGCUUUAUCAUACAAUGACACGAGAACGACGGUUAAAUGAUUUUCUUUUGACUGUAACUAAAUCAAUUUUUCAAGAACUUGUCAGUAUGGACGUUGUUAUGUUGAAAAUUAUGAGUUAUGCGAAGAAACUAGUUAAUGCUGAUCGUGCUUCAUUAUUCAUGCUUGAUACACGUACAAAAGAACUUUAUGCACGAAUAUUUGAUAUUGGACGUGAAGAUCAUGAUAUGUUACAUUCAUCAGCUAUUAAUGAUAAUGAUAGAGAAAAAGGUCCACCAGCUGAUGAACGUCCGUGUAUACGUUUUCCAAUGGAUAAAGGUAUUGCUGGUUAUGUUGCAACAACUGGAAAGACAUUGAAUAUUGCUGAUGCUUAUAGUGAUAAUCGAUUUAAUCGAGAUAUUGAUCAAAAAACAGGUUAUAAAACGAAAUCACUUUUAUGUAUGCCAAUUAUGAUUCAAGGAAGUGUAAUUGGUGUUGUUCAAAUGGUGAAUAAAAAAAAUGGACAUUUUACAAAAAGUGAUGAAGAAUCUUUUGAAACAUUUUCUGUUUAUUGUGGUCUUGCUUUACAUCAUGCAUCACUUUAUGAUCGUAUUCGUCAUUCAGAACAAAAAUGUAAAGUAGCUCUUGAAGUUUUAUCAUAUCAUGCAUCAUGUACCGAUGAAGAAUAUGAACGUAUGAAAAAUUGUAAAGUUCCAGAUAACAUUCCAAAUAUAGAACGAUUCGAAUAUUCUCCUUGGGAGGUUAAUAAUGAUCAAAAACCAGUUUAUGUUCUAUAUAUGUUUCUUGAUCUUGCCAAUGUUGAUCCUAUAUAUGCAAAUCAAUUCGAUAUGGAAUGUUUAAUGAGAUUUAUAUUAACUGUACGAAAAAAUUAUCGAAAUGUGCCAUAUCAUAAUUGGUCACAUGCAUUCAGUGUGGCACAUGCAAUUUAUACUGUGAUAAAACAAACUAAACAUCACUUUACACCGAAUGAUUGUAUUGCCUUAUUUGUUGCUUGUCUUUGUCAUGAUCUUGAUCAUCGUGGUAAAACAAAUGCGUUUAUGGUUAAAAGUGCUUCAACUCUUGCUUCUAUUUAUUCAACUUCUACAAUGGAACGACAUCAUUUUAAUCAAACAGUAACCAUACUUCAAUCUGAAAAUCUUAAUAUAUUUAAACAUUUCUCAUCGAAAGAAUAUCGACAAAUGUUAGAUGAAAUUCGUCAUUGUAUAUUAGCUACUGAUUUAGCACUAUUUUUCGAAAAUCGUCCUAAACUUGAACGUAUUGUUGAUAAUAAUGAAUUUAGUUGGCAAAACAAGGAACAUUUGCUACACGUGAUGGGGCUCAGUAUGACCGCUGCGGAUUUAUGUUCUUCAUUUAAACAAUGGGAGGUGCAGCGGUCGAAUGUGAGCAUCAUCAUGGAAGAAUUCUUCCAACAGGGUGAUGAAGAAAAACGUCAAGGUAUUCAACCACAAUCAUUAAUGGAUCGAUCACUUGCUCAUGAAUUACCAAAAAACCAGGUGACUUUCAUAAAAAGUAUUUGUAUACCAUGUUAUUCAUUAAUCGCACGUAUAUUACCUGAAACACUGCCAAUGCUCAAUGGAGCCAAAAGUAAUCUUCAUCGAUGGCAACAAUUAGCGGAUGAACAACUUCAAUUAACUCAUACAAAUGUAACUGCUAAUACAUCAACGGAUGUUAUGUCCAAUUCUUCUCUUACUCCUCCAGCUAACAAUACUCGUCAGCCAGCAUCAUCGUGA